UUUUUUGUGCCAGUGUCUUCCAACUGUGGCGUUUUUUUCUUUCUUUUUUUUUUAAAUAUUACCGUUCAAAGUUAAAGAACUCGAGCAAAUUCUGACACUCUGAAAUACUAUAUCAUGAAAUACAUAUUUCUUUAGCUUCUCUUAGAACUUCACAAUUUUUAACGAAGCAUUAACAUUGCUCAAUUCUCAUUCUAAUAUUCUUCGUAUAUAGCUUUUUAAAUCUGAAUUUAUGUUAAUUUUUUUUAUAGAAACGUUUGCAAGUUUUGAUGCACUUUAUUGUUAAUCGUUUAAGUUGAACGUGAAAGAGUGAUUUAUGACAUUCUAAUAAUUUGCGUCAUUUGCAAAAAAAAAAAAAUAGUAAAAUAUUUAUUGAUCAUUUUGAAAUUGAUUCAUAACGAAGUAUGUAUUCGAUUCGACGUGUGAUUGUUAAAUUAAUCUUCAUAACGUGGUAUCGCUUGGCGCUUUUUUAUUUAAUACAACAGGAGAAGUCAGCAGAAAUAUCACUAAAUAUAGCUAUUUAUCUUUAAUAAAUAUUUCGAUAUCUUAUUUACUAAAUUAACUCCAUUAUACGUUCCCACCUCCUUUGACGCUCUACGAAGGAUUUCUAUUUUCUUAAGCUUAAGAAGCUUAUAAUACUUAAGAUCUAUACUAAAAAUAUUCGACAUUAGAGAGAUCACCUAAAUAUCUGCCUUAUUUAUGAAGGAACUUGUCAGGACAAAGUUGAAGUAUUUCAAUCUAAAGGUGAGAAAGAAUUUUUUCUCAAGCUCAUUUUUUAAAGAGACCUCAGAGUCAUCGAUAUGUUUUUCAAUAAAACUCUAUAUAUUUUUUUACACCAGUGGAUGUAGCUUUUUAUUCCCUGUACAAAAGUAUUAAGGCACUUAUGUACUUUCCUUGUCUUCCAUACGGCAAGUGUUACGAAAUUAAGGUUAAAAUAUCUUUUAAACUAACCGUUUCAGACACAAGUAUCUCGAUACGUUUGUAUAUAGAACAAGAAAACGCGUCGAUUGAUGAAUAAUAAAAUAUAGAAUUUCAUUUAAAACGUUACAAUUUGACGAAAAAUGAUCUUCAGAAAAAAUUCUUCCCACCGAUACAUGUGCCCCCUGAAAUAUCUUAACUUUGUCCUGAGAAGCUUGUCGUACAACCGUACAUAAGGCAGAUAUUUAUGUGAUCUCAUUAAGCUGAGACACACCGUAUAAAAUAUUAACGAGUCCACCGUUAUUCUAUUUUUAAAUUAAAAUAUUCAUGGAUACUUUUGACAGAGCGAUAUUCCUAAAAUGGUAAAAAACGCAUCAGCUGUCGGUGGAUCGAGGAUUCACGAUUAUGAUACAGCACUGCAGCUACAUUUGGAAACUAGAGAGAACAUGGAGGGGAUAGGUGAUUACGUAUGUCUCGUGUGUGGAUCACAUCUCGCAGUUCCAGCUUUCAGCUCUCCUUGAGGGACUUCAGUAUGAAUUGGGACGGUUGAAUAGUAUCCACGAUGAUGAGGUUCGUCAUACUCUUGUUCUUCUGCGGCGCGAUCGCUGGUAGUAACGACACCUUGAGCAACGUAAUCCCCAGCGACGAGCUACUGGAUUUAGAAGAGCAGAACGAGGAGAAUAGACUCGCAAAUAAUAGAACUCUGAACGAAAUAUACGAGGAUGCUGUUCACGCUUAUCUGGACGAAGACUGGGACCGUUGCAUUCAAGACUUCAACACAGUUUCUCAUGGAUACAAGGCCUACAAGCGAAUGAUAACAAAUUGUAGACGAAAAUGCCGUAUAAAAGCUGAAGGUACACCACCGAUUUUUCCAGAAAACAUCGAGGAUUUACACUUUUAUGAAAAAAAGAUCAAAGAGACUCUGUGUCUCUUAACGUGCAAUAACGAAUAUCGGGAGAUCGUUGGCUCGAACGUGCUGAAGAUGUUACCACGUGAAACUGAACAGAAAUUGUUGAACAAUGGUAUUUAUGAAUACCUGCAUAUUUGCUACUAUCAGACACAUCGAUAUCAAGACGCAGCCAACGCGCUAUUUACCUAUCUAGUCGUACAUUCUAAUCAUGAAGUGAAUCUGAAUCUUUUCAAACGCUAUUUAACACUGCCAGGUGUGGAAGAGGAGAAGGUGGUAAAUCUAGAAACACCGACUUAUGUCAGCGUUUACUUCAAAGGCGUCUCAGCUUAUGAAAACGGAGAUUAUGCAGAAGCUGCCGGUCUGUUCGAGACAUCGUUACGAUCGUACUUAGAAGCCGAGGAGGAAUGUAGAUUUUACUGCGAAGGUCCUUUUGACCAGGGUUGGCAUCCAGAAUUUACUUCCUCCAUCGCAAAUCAUUUUACGUACUGUUUGAAAUGCAAACGAUCGUGUUCGCGUAUGUUAAACAAUAUAAAUGGCGAUUACCGCAGACACAUGUUCAGAAGUCAUUACGAUUAUUUGCAGUUCUCUUAUUACAAAUUGGGAAACUUAAAAGCAGCCUGUGCCGCUGUAGGAAGUUUCUUGCUCUUUGAUCCGGUGGAUAAAACGAUGCUGCAAAACAAAGAAUACUAUAAUUCUCAGCCAAAAGUCAAGGUUGACUAUUUUUCUCCGAGAGAGGACGCUAUCAAUUACGUAAAAAGACAGGAAUACGAAUUGAACCUGCUGCAUUACAUUUCUAAUGAAUUUUCAGUUAUAAAUGAGAAAUUCCAGAAGAUAAAAAAAAAGAAACAGGACAAUGAAACGAAUAAUGCCGAAAAAAAAGAGCUGGGAAAGAUAUCAGAUACAGAAGCAAUACUACACCCACCACCUGGUUAUUCGUUGUUUUAUUACACGAAAUUAUCAAACAAUUUUUCAAUGAAACAAUUCGAGGACCACGAAAUACACGAUAAAAGAUAUUUUGAAGCUAAAAACGAUAUUUAUUUAAAAGAGGAGGAUCUUGGUGGGCAAAAUCGUUAUGUCGCUGAUGGUUUCCUUAAUUCCACUGAAUGUGAAUCUAUGAUGCAGUUCGCUACUAUGACUGCGGUAGAAGGAGAUGGUUACAGUGAAAAUAAAAGUCCACAUUCAAAAUAUGAAAAGUUUGAGGGAAUAACUGUUGGGCGAGCGGCUUUGAUGGUAUACUUUGGGCAAAUAAAACCAGAAUGGUUGGAAUUGCUUUUAGAAAAGACCGAACAAGUCCGGGACCAUGUGGAAAGGUAUUUCGGACUAAAUCAUCGACAUCUGUAUUUCACCUACACUCAUUUGGUCUGCCGCACAGCUCUACCCGGUAAUUUUCACCUGAUGCAUCAUCGUGCUUCUGGUUCCUUUCGCAGCCGAAAUCGCGUUGCACCGAUUCACUUGGUACGACUUGUGGAUUCGCCGGCGGAUCGAGACGAUCUGAGUCAUCAAGUUCACGCGGAUAAUUGCCUGUUGAAGGAUAAAGAUGUCUGUCUUCGCGAGAGUCCAGCUUAUAUUUGGAGAGACUACUCUGCGAUUUUGUAUCUGAAUGACGAUUUUCAAGGUGGUGAAUUCUUUUUCACCGAAGAUCGUGUUGUUCGAACGAUGGAUAACGUUGUUUCGCCACGUUGCGGACGAAUUGUGGCCUUUUCUGCUGGUAAAGAAAAUCUCCAUGGAGUUCGUGGUAUUUUACGAGGUAGGAGAUGCGCUUUGGCGCUAUGGUUCACUCAGGAAAAAAAAUAUCUUGAGUACGAGAGAGUAUUGGCAUCGGCAAUCUUGAAAAGAGUUCAACGAGUAGGACCUUUUGAGGGAAAGGAGAUCCAAGUGCCUCCGAAGUACGAGGAUAUGCUUAUCCAAUAUAUGCACAGCGAUGAAUUGCUGAAACAUUUUUUGAAAAGUUCUCUAUAAGAGAAGUAUGAAUGGUUGUGAAGGAUAGCUACAAUAUCUUACUACAAUUUUAGAAGUUCUGCAGGAGAAGAAUAAUUUAAAGAGUAAUAUAUGUAUUUUUAUGGUUAGUAAAAUCUGACCUAAUAUCCAAACUGGGACCUGAGAACAUGCAUUAAUAUUCAUUAACAAAAACAGUGAAUCCUAGUAAACAUACGUUGAACUGCAUACAGUUUCUCUGUACUUAUAACGGAGUCGCUUAUUGAAACUAUGUACCUUAUCAGUAUCGAACAGUAGGCUCUUUCGAAUAAAAUGUCGACGGUAAAUUGCUUAACAUUAAUAUGAUUGCUUAUAUAAACUCCGAGCAAGUUAUUUUUACAUUACAUUAUAUAUACAUUAUAUAUAUAUAAUACAUGAAAUUUAUUUUAUAAUAGAGAUAGUAUAGAACUUGCAAGAGAUCUAUACAAGUGUUUUGUACUGAUUAUAAUGAAAUCAAUUCGCAACACUCGAUGUACUCCGCUUGGUGUUAUAUUUUUUUUCAUUUUUAUAUAUCUUGCGUUAUUCACAAUUUCUCGUUUGAUUCAUUCAUACCAUUUCAUUUCCUUUUUUUCUUUUUGUUUUAAGUGUACAAAGUAUCAUUAAUCCUUUUUAUCAAACUUUCUCGUCUCUGUUAAACAUAUUAGAUCGGCGAUUUUAUACAUUAGAAAUGAAAUGUCAAUAUGUGUAUUGACACGAAGGAUGUCCAUAGUCACGACACACAUACACAAUUGAUGGUUUAUUUAUAUAUAAAAUAUCCUAAUCUUUAUUAGAACAUAGACAUUACAUGUCAACAGGCUUACAUAACCAUUCUAUGUAUCAUGUAACAUGUAUAUCGUAUUAAUUUAUCUUCUUGUUCGUAUUUAUACUAUGUAUAAGAGUUUAUUAUGUAUAUGCAAUUGCAUUGCAAUCCUAUCUUUUAACGCAUUUCUCUCUCUCUCUCUCUCUUUCUCUCUUCCUUUCAUUCCUUUUUCAUGCUUCCUUUCUCUCACACAUGACUUUAAGUCCUGUACACACGACUGCCUUUAUUUUUUUGUAUGCGUGUCAAUUCCAACACAAAAUGCGCGUGUUUGUUGAAAGUUUCUUUCGUGUGUGUGUGUGUGUGUGUGUGUGUGUGAUUUUAUUUAUCAGAACCUGAUAAAAUUGUAUUUCUCGUCAUUAUUACAAUAAUACGUAAAAAGCGAGUCGCAUAAAAUCUAAUCAUAUGUUUUAUUUCUGCGUAAUCGUACGCAUAGGAAUCGAAAAAACUUAUGCCCGACUGUAAUGAUAUCAAAGGGUGAUUAAAAGCCGUAGUUAAACCACGUUUUCUUUUUAAACACCGUCAGUUCUUUGUUCGGGAAUUCAGUCAGGAAGAAAGUGAACGCGAUCAUACUAACAUUAAUUAUGUUUCGUUACAAACAUUUAUUACGAAAUUAUAGUGACAUCUGCGUAUCACAGAAGAGCUCAGUCGAUUUUUCGCAGGAACCACUCCAUAAUAAUCGUAUGCUCUUUUCUUUUUUUCUUCAUCCUUAUUUAUCUUUUUUUUUUUAAACAUUAUCAUGCCGAACCAUGUACCAAAGAUAGAUAUUUAAUCUUUAAAUCGUCGAUGUACAUAAUCAAACAUUUCCAAACAAUUUUUUCCGAUCAAAUGCUUUCAGAAUAGGAUCAAUCAAUGUAAAAGCUUUACUAAAAGAAACAUAUCAACAUAUUUGUUAAGUAUUAAACAACAUCGAAUGGAGUGGUCACCAAUUUUAUCGCAUUACUUAGAUGGUUUCUUUAUAUUGCUCUUCGUAGACCUUUUCUUUGUUUUCUUUUUUCACAUGAGUAUAUGAUAAUAAUGGUAAUCAUUACUAUAAUAAUAACAAAAUGAAAUAUAAAUUCGUAAAAUAGACGUGAAGCUUCGCGGUUAAACGCUAAAUAGUUUUCUUAAAAUAUAAAAUCAUCUUACAAUGUACCUUCCAAAUAAACGAUAGCUAUAAAAAAGUUUACCGUGCUUGUCAUCCAAUAACCAAACAUAGCAUUUCGCACUUUUUCUACGAAUUGCUUCAUAGCUUAAAGGAUAAUGCACUUUUAGAGCCAGGUAACGAAUAUCUUGCAACAAGUAUCACUGCAACUCGUGCAUAGAUCAAAAUUAGACAAUCUAGAUCUUUGAGUAUGUUAACUGAAUUUGUCAUUUUUAUCGGACGUUAUAAAUAUAACAUUAGGAAAAAAGUAAACAAGA